AUGCCUGUGGCGAUUGGCGAUGAGGCGUCGUAUUCGCCACUGGCCAUUGUCGUGGCAUCAACUGCACCCGUUCUCCUGGCUGGACCGUCUCCAGCGGUAGCUGUAGCGGGGACAACAGACAUGGCUCGUUAUGCGGCGCCUGUUCCUCCUCCUGCUGUGGUUUCAUCGCCUGCGCCUACUGCUCAAGUAGCGGCGUCUGUCAUUCCGCCUCCGUCUGUGCCCGUUGUGACGCCACCUCCUGCUGUGCCGGCGAUCCCAUCGCCUGCGUCUGCUGCCGCGUCUGCUCCAGCAUCUGCCCUUGUGUCUGCUCCUCCACCCACUGCGGCAUCCGUUCGUGCAUCUGCUGCUGUGUCUGCUCACGCGCCUGUUGUAUCGUCAGCUCCCACGUCGGCUCCAGUGUCUACCACUGCGCUUGUUGCGGCCCCUGGUCCUGCACCUCCUCUUGCGCGUGCUGAGGCGCCACCCCCGGCACUCGUUGGGGUGUCCGUACCUGUGGCCCCGGCGGCGGGCCUGCCUGUGCCUGCCGUGGUGUCGUCUGACCCAACAGGUGUGAAACAUGUUCACGCGUCCGCCGUGCCACGACAAACUGCGCUCGCUGUGUCGCCUUCUGCUGCUGACCCGUCUUACAUGCCGCUUCUAGCCACCAGCGCCGACCAGAGCCCGGCGAGUGCAGCGCACGAAGGGCAUCUGGAGAACUUGCUGAGGUGGGCAGAGAGGCAUGUGAAGGCGCAUGUGAAGGGACAUGUGAAGGGCCAUGUGAUGGUCCAUGUGAAGGGACAUGUGCAGGGGCAUGUGAAAGGGCAUGUGAAGAGGCACGUGAAGGGGCAUGUGAAGGGGCAUGUGAAGGGUCAUGUGAAGGGGCAUGUGAAGGGGCAUGUGAAGAGACAUGUGAAGGUGCAUGUGAAGGGUUAUGUGAAGGGGCAUGUGAAGGUGCAUAUGAAGGGUCAUGUGAAGGGACAUGUGAAGGUGCAUGUGAAGGGUCAUGUGAAGGGGCAUGUGAAGGUGCAUGUGAAGGUGCAUGUGAAGCAUCUUCUUCUUCAGUAG